AUGAAGAUGCUCUUCUUCUUUGUCCUGCUGGCCCUGUGCCAGCCUGUGCAGGGAUCCUGGGAGACCUGCAAGGGGUCCUGCGGACUUCGGCCCUUGGAUUAUUCUGGCUAUGGCUCAGUGCGUGUUGUUGGGGGCAGAGAUGCCCAGCCAGGAGCCUGGCCAUGGAUUGUCAGCGUGCAGACGGUUCGGGCGACGCACAUCUCACAUGUGUGUGGAGGGUCCCUCAUCCACCCGAAGUGGGUGCUGACAGCAGCCCACUGCUUCGUCGACACCCAGAACGUCCCAGCGUGGCGCGUGGUGGCCGGUACCACCUCCUUAACUGAUAUGGGCCCAGAGACACAACUGCGCUAUGUCAGACAGAUCGUCAUUCAUGAAGACUACGAUAACACCACUCAGGCGAAUGACAUCUCCUUGAUGGAACUCUACGAGCCUUUCCGGUGCGGCCCCUACGUGCAGCUCGCCUGCGUGCCCGACUUCUCACUGCGACUCUGGGAGCUGAGAAACUGCUAUGUUAGCGGCUGGGGGGUCACCAUGGCCAGAUCUGGAGGACUACCCCCGGCGCUGCAGGAGGCCAAGGUCCCCCUCAUCGACCUUCAAGUGUGUAACAGCAGCGGGUGGUACCGUGGGGACAUCCACCACCACAACCUGUGUGCGGGAUAUCCGCAGGGCGGCAUCGACACCUGCCAGGGGGACAGUGGGGGUCCUCUGGUCUGCCAGGAUCCCCAUGCUGACCACUUCUGGCUGAUGGGAGUGACCAGCUGGGGGAAAGGCUGUGCCAGAGCCCGUCGGCCGGGGGUCUACACUUCCACACGGCACUUCCGCGACUGGAUUCUCACCCAGAUGAUGCGGCGCUCACUUAGAGCAGCCACUGCCACACAACGCACCUGGAGCCACAUUCUCACCACCUCAAACUCUGUUGAGACACCCCAAACAACGGAGCCAAGCCAUUUCAGCUCCCGGCUCCAUUCACUCAACAAGCUGGUGGAGUUCUUCACUACGUUGCAGGAGCUCCUGCAGGUCCUGAAAAGCAGAAGCACCUGA